GGCUCCCCGUGAAUUGAUCUAGAAAUAAUUAUUAAUAUAUAAAGAUUAUAGACAUCAACAUAACAAAGUUCAAAUUUCCCGGGGAAAUUUUGAAUGUAGCUCUACCGGAUUGCGCUAUAUCGUAUUAUAUCGUUUUUGUCAAAGUUAAUCAUUAUAUUAAGUCAAAACAAAAAACCUGCGUUCUUUUGAAUGAGUCUUGUUCUUUUCGGUAUAAAAAUACGAUAUAUAAUCAUUACUUGGUCGAAAGAGUGAUAAUAUAUUGACCCAUAUUUUUCUUCCGGUCGGUUGUCAUGGUGAAAGCAGCAAUGGCGACGAAGAAGCAAGAAAACCUCACCAUUUGUGGUUUAUUGAACGAUAUUACCUUCCAUGUACUAAGAUGCUCUGCACAGGAUUUGCAUGAACAAAAAGUGGACAUAUUCCCUGAGCCUGAAGUGAGGGGCAUGCUAGAGUUUGAAUGGGAUCAGUACAUUGAAGAACAACGAAGGCGUUUGAAAGAUGAGACAUGGGCAUUUAACAAAAAGGCGAUUACAUUUUGCAAUGAUGUUUUAAUCGGGGGCCCAACUGAAUUUGCGCAAUGGGCAGAAGAGAACUACAAUUAUGAAGACUUCAGACCACAAACUUUAUAUGAAACACUCACUCAAGAAGCUUAUGUAAACUAUCUAAACUCACAAAAGCAUGAUCAUGUGUACCUUGAUAUUACUAUUGGUGAUAAAGCAGCUGGUAAACUUGUGAUAGAGUUAUUUACGGACAUUGUACCAAAAACAUGUGAAAACUUCAAACUGCUCUGUACAGGCGAGAAAGGAUCUUCUUAUCAUGAAGAUGAAGACGUGGAAUAUAAGCUACAUUAUGAGAACAGUAUAUUUCACAGGAUUGUGAAGAAUGGCUGGAUACAAGGAGGGGAUAUUUGGAAAGGAAGGGGCAAUGGGGGUGAAUCUGUAUAUGGUCCAGUGUUUGAAGAUGAGAACUUUGCAGUAAAGCACAACAAAAGAGGAAUCUUAAGUAUGUCAAACAAUGGAAGACACACAAAUGGCUCUCAGUUUCACAUCACUCUGCAGCCAACCCCUUGGAUGAACACUAAAUAUGUUGCCUUUGGACAAAUAAUAGAGGGAACAGAGACUUUAAAACGAAUUGAAGAACAAGAGACUGUAAAUGAAAGACCUACAACUGAUGUCAAAAUCAGCGGAUGUGGUGUAUUAACAUAUACCUUUUGAAUCUAUGUGUUUGCACAAGUAGCCAUUUUGAGCAUACUAAAUCAUAAAACUAAAUACAUACAAGACAGUCAAAAUGCAAAAUAUUAAAUAGAUUAUCAUGUGAUAACGAGUUUCAUACUUUCAUGUACAUUUUGUAAAUAAUGAAUAUUGAAAAAUGUAAAUAAAUAUUUAGAACCGUAAACACACAGUUUUUGUGUUCUGCAUAUAGUUUGCACAUGUUACAAUUGUCAAUAAACGAAAUAAUGUGUAAAGAAUUUCAUCUGGAUUUGUGAUUUAAGUUUAGAAAGCACACUAAAAUUAAUUUACACAGGAUGUAAAAUCAUAAAAAUGUCGGAUAUUCUUGGUGAUCUUCUCAAGUAUUUGAACUGUUUUUUUUUAUCUUAAAAAAGUAUUUGAACUGUAAUACAUAACUCGAUAUAAAAUAGAUGUCGCUGUAAGUAAGCUAUUUUGCAUGUUAAUACAAAUUGAGUUAUUUCCAAUAUUAAACAAGCGUUUGAUAUAUUAAUAUAAGAUUUUAAGAAAACUUCACAUUUUAUUGAAAUAAAUUUAACCCUGUUCAAUACUAGACAUUCAAUCACCCAUUAUAGUUCGUAGGAAGAUGUAAAAUGGAAAAAAGAUUUACUCCUCUUUUAAAUAUCCAUCACUCAAUCAGCCACAUUUAUUUAUGUAUGACAUUCUGAUAAAAACAUAAUGUAAUUAUAGGAUAUCCUAUGAUUUUGAGGAAUAUCAUUUUUAUCUAUGUAGUUCGAAUAAUUCAAUUUAGCGGGAAAUCCUCGUCACGAUAUCCUCCGCUCAUUAGUUUUCCGAUGUAUAUCGUGGCGAUAUCCCCCGGUUGUCCAUUUUGCUAAUUUUAUAAAUAGAUAUCAAAUUUAUUUUUUAAUGUUUUUAUACAUUUAGUACACUAAAUGCAGGAUAAUAUGUAAUCUUUCAAUUGUAUGUAUGAGUC